AUGAAAGGCGCCACCGUCCCAUGUGCAGAGUUCAUAACCUCAAAAAAAUCAAAACAAAAACAUCAACAACGCAUCAGUGCAAUUGUUGUGUGUUUUAUCAAUCAACAAAAGUAUUUCGACAAUCGACAUCGUCCCCUAGAUCCACCAAGAGUAUUCUUCAACAAGAUCUCCAAGAAAAACCAGGGAUUCUCCAAGAAAAUGCCGUUCACGGCGGACGCCGCAGCGACUCAGAUCCAGGAUCGUCUGAAGAGCAUCUUCCAGCUGCUCCAGGAGAUCGAGAAGGAGCGAUCAAGAACGGAGGGUAACCUGAACAACCUAACGAAGGCCCACGAGAAGGUAGCACCCGACGACAAAGUGACCCUCUACUAUCAACAAAAAUUAAAGUCCCUCUACAACACAUCAGUGCAGGACGCCCAGCAGGAAGAGGAGCUCCUGAGGAGUGCCCUGACGAAAAUAAACGAGAUAAGAUCGAUAAGAAAUGAACGAAGAAUUCAGGCGAGGAACGCUGGGAACAAAGAAACCAUUCGUCGAGGCGCCCUGAUGAAGAUGUUGCAGAGUACAGCUGCAACUCUUCCACUUUACAUUGGAAAAACUCCCAGUGCAAAGCCACCACCACUUUGUGGUGCCAUUCCAGCUGAGUCCACGUACAUAGCGAAGAUGGGGGACAUGGUGGCAGCUCUGGUGAAGGGCUCCGAGGAGGAGGAGAACUGGAUUCUGGCGGAGGUCGUUCACUACAAUCCAACGACCAACAAAUACGAAGUUGAUGACAUUGAUGAGGAGCAGAAGGACAGGCAUACCCUGUCGAAGAGGAGAGUUGUUCCUCUACCUCUGAUGAGGGCCAAUCCUGAGACAGACGCACACGCCCUGUUCCCCAAGGGCUCCAUCGUCAUGGCGUUGUAUCCCCAAACUACCUGCUUCUACAAGGCUGUUGUCAAUCAGCUGCCCACCUCUGCCACAGAGGAGUACGAGGUGCUUUUCGAGGAUGCCACAUAUACCGAGGGAUAUUCACCACCUCUCAACGUCGCCCAGAGAUACGUCAUUUCUAUCAAGGAGGGGAAGAAAAGCAAGAGUUAGGGGUUCU